AUGCCCACCCCAAUGUUUACUUUAACAUCAGAAAUGGCGGCACAGGUUCUGAUGAAAAGGGGGAAGAGGACUUUAGCAACACAAAUCAAAGUAGAGUGCUGUCGACAAAAUGGACAACAGUUAAAGGAAUUGUUAGACUUUCUCCUGGCUCCCUCGCGGCAAAUAGAUGAUUUUGAGACGUUGGAUUGGUGCAGAUGGCUAAUAGCUGGUGGACACACGUUCGACGAAUUCUCCAAAACAGUGCGACAGUAUGACAACGCUGCCACCUGCGGCUUGGUCUGGACAGCCAAUUUUGUGGCGUACCGGUGCAGGACGUGUGGUGUCUCUCCAUGUAUGUCCCUGUGCUCAGACUGCUUCCAGGCAGGCAAUCACGUAGGCCAUGACUACAACAUGUUCCGUAGCCAGGCAGGUGGAGCCUGUGACUGUGGCGAUGUUAGUGUCAUGAAUCCCGAUGGAUUUUGCCCCCGUCACGGACCUGAUCGAGUACCCAAACACACCCACUGCCCUGAUGAUCUGCUCGCUGUGGCAGAAGUCAUGCUUCCCAAGGUGUUCCUACGUCUGGUACAUCACCUCAGAGACAACAGUAAACCAGAGAUGAUGGGCACGUAUCAGAUUGUGAUGCAGGAGGCCGAGCGUUUUCUAGCCUUCCUGCACAGUCUGAGUGACAUGGGCGCUGCCAUGAGGAAGGUGAUUACUCAGGCCCUCACUGACGAGGGACAAUACAAGACAUUCACGCAAGUGGAGGAGAAAGAGGAUGGCUCUAACAUGUACUAUGUGAGCAGCCAGAAUAACUACCAGACAGCUGUCAGCAUGAUGAAACACCCGGAAGGCUGGAGGAGUAUGAAGAGAGGCUGGAGGAGUAUGAAGGUAAGGAUCAGCAUGAUGAAACACCCGGAGAGGCUGAAGGAGUAUGAAGGUUCGGGCCAGUGUGGUGAACACCCGGAGAGGCUGGAGGAGUAUGAAGAGAGGCUGAAGGAGUAUGAAGGUUCGGGUCAGUGUGGUGAACACCCGGAGAGGCUGGAGGAGUAUGAAGAUGUGCCAGGUCUGAGUCAGCACCUACAACACAACUGUUUACUGGAUGAGUUAGUGUUCUGGAUGGUCAAGUAUGAGUUCCCACAGAAGAUUGUCACUCUCUUACUCAGCCUCCUGCCUGAUGACCGCUACAAGGAAGCUUUCACGCGUUCCUUCGUCAGCCAUUAUAGCCGGAUCUCCCUAGUCCUGGUCAGCGCGAAUGACCGUCUAUCCGUGGCUAACAGAGUUGUCCACAUCAGCGUCCAGCUCUUCAGUAACGAACUGUUGUCAAAGAAAAUGGCUGAUGAAUUGAACUUGGUGUACAUCCUGGUACUUAGCCUGACAAGAAUGAUAGAGUACAUGUUGUCUGACAGCUGCUUACAAGAUCCAGACCAUAAUUUCCACAUGGUGGUUGACUGUGGCCAAGCUGCAAUGAAGGACCACUGCUAUUGGCCAAUUGUCAGUGACCUUAUCAACCUCCUCACACACAAGAGUAUUGCAGAGAGCUUUAUGUUAGAUGAACGGCUGAUAAAACUCUGGCUUGAAACUGUCACAUAUUUCCAAGGAAUGAACUUGAAUCAAAGGGAGCUAACUCAGCAUGUGGAGUUUGAGCCUGACACCUACUAUGCUGCAUUCUCAGCGGAGCUGGAGAUUGCCUCCUCUCCUAUGUGGGCAUUAGCCAGCCACUGUAAAGAUAAGUCUACUGCAGGGCAGACUAAGCAAAUCAUCAGGACAUGCAUUGAAGCUCUUCAGGACUGGUUUGAUGCUAUCAACUGUAAGGACUCUACCAAGGCAAAGCCGUACCAGUUGACUUUCCAUCUGCCACUCCAUCGACAUCUAGCCAUUUUUCUGGUCCAUGCCAUUCAGUACCAGGAUGUGCCCCCUGAGAGUGUUCUACCGUCUGAGAGAAUGCUGAAAACCAUCAUGAUCCAUCCUCUACAGAUACAGGUGGGGGUGACAGAGAUCUACAGCGGGAUGUGGGUGAGGAAUGGCCUACAGAUCAAAGGGCAAGCGAUGACCUAUGUACAGUGUCAUUUCUGCUACUCCAUGGUUGACGCUGACAUCUACCUGCUACAGGUGUGUGCCUCACGCCUUGAUCCAGAUUACUUUGUACAGACUGUAUUAGACAGAUUCCACCUGCAGGACUGGUUGACGCUGACACCCAGUGGCGGGAAGUCUCGCUACAAGCUGAAUGAGGAGCAUCAGUUGUCCAUGGUAGAGGGAGCUCUUUGUACACUGUGUAUGCUGCAGUCCGUCAGGACAAACCUGGGGAUGGAUGAGAGGGAGCUGGUGAGGCUGGAGAUGGCCACCUUACUUUGUGUAGGGGACAGAACUCACAGCCAGCUGUCUGACCUCAUGCCAGAAAAGUCUGGGAUGUCUGGGCUAGGCAAGGAACUGUUUGAACCCACGCUUAAAGAGAUUUCAACGUACAAAGCUCCCAACUUUGAGGCAGGAGGUGGUAUGCAGCAGGGAACGUAUGUCCCUAAAGAUUAUCUCUGGAAAUCUGACUUCGACCCACUCCAUGUGUUUCUGCGAUCUGUCCACAGGAAAGACUUCCAGUCUGCCAUGGACAGAUACACUGACUAUUUACGUCAGCAUGACCUGUACAAAGGCAAGAGUUCACCCUGGCCGCCUUUCCGAAUGCCUGGCCCUAUCCUGAGCCAGUAUGCGGGCCUGCGAAGAUUCCUUCACUGUAAAACUCUACACGGUUUCAUAUUCACCGUCUUACUCAAGGCCCUGAAAGAGCCAACCUGUACAGAGAGUAUCCUGUAUUUCUGUAUUUACCUGCUGGAGUUAGCAGUCACACUUCCUCCUGUAGAUGCCACAAAACGGACUACCACUGUACCAGACCAGGUCCAUGACUGCCAGUAUAUAGAAUGGUUCCCCUCCAACUCCAUCAGUUAUAAUGUCAGACACGUUGUCAAGGAAGUCUUGGUAGCCACACCCACAGCCGACGCAGAGGGCUCCACCUCGGCAACCGUUGACAUGGAAACGUCGAGUCUUGAGGAAAUGUUUCACUUGACUCCCAGUGUGAUCUCAAGUAGUGCUGGCCCUCUGACCUCUGCAUACACAGGUGUCAUGCCUUCAAUAUCCCCAGCAAUGGCGCCCCUGAUAGUGGCGCCCCCUGGUAGUGGCAGUCUGCAUUUGGCCACACUAAAACAGCCAGAGCCUAUAAAAUAUGAGAGUAAAGGAGUGUCAACAGACUCGCUGGAGAGCAACCUCACCCCUGUGACUAUAAAUGAGAGCAUCGUCUCUCUUCUGAUGAAACUUCAUGCCAAGUUCUCGGAGAAGAAGUGCUUGUAUGUCCCUGGGAAGCAACAGAAGAAACGCAACGUUGGUGACACAGCGGGAAGUGCGACGGACAGGGGUGCCCCCUCAGAGGGGCACAGUCGGGUCGGUGACGCCGCAUAUUUUAUAGAGUGUGUGUUGGAUAAGAUAGGAGGACUAAGCACGGAAUGUAAUAAACACUUGGAGGAAGUGUAUACAAAGAUGUGUCCUAAGGCAGAGGCCAGUAAACCUGCAACUGGGAAGAGUCCAACAGACCCUGAAGAAAAGAGGCGGAAAGCCCGGCAGCGCCAGCAGAAGUUAAUGGAGCAGUUUGCAUCCAAACAGAAAGCGUUUAUGGAACAAAACAUGGACACUGAGGCAGACUUGAGCGAAGAUGCAGCAGACAGUAGUUCCCAGGAGCCCAAGUACGAGGAGAAGACGUAUGACUGUGUAAUCUGUAACCAGAGCUCGCCUUCCACAAAUGAGCGUCCAAUGGGAUUAGUCGUCUUACUUCAGGCCACAAGUAUUUUGGGUCACCGCCUGCAGUUACCACAGCCCAAGACGCUGCCUGUAGGGGAGGGAAGGAGAACAGCCCCUCGCCACACGCAUUGCUCUGAGGUGUUUAACAACAGGCUCGACAAGAUGCUGGAGCACUUUGAAGAGGCUCACUGUCAGAUGUCCGUGAACAUCGGCUGGGAGGGAGGGGUACACGUUCAAAGCUGUGGACAUUACCUACAUCUAGACUGUCACAGUUCUUAUGUGGAGUCUCUUAAGUCUCAACACUUUUCACAGAACCUAAAUGUGGCCAAGGGAGAGUACGGCUGUCCUCUGUGUCGACAACUAGCAAAUUCUGUCAUCUCAAUUGUGCCACAAGAACUCAGCUCAUUGGUCAGACCUGUGUCACAUGACCCUCAUCAAAUGGUCCUUGACCUGGGACACUUGAUGGCAAAACGACCCAUCACACCUGGUUCAUCCAGGCUGACAAAGUCGAUGGGUAGCAUGAUGGAAGACCUGACAAACACCACGUACUCUAUCUUCAAAACUUACACCAAGUCACCCACUUCAGAGAGUGUCUUAUUGUUUGUCUGCUCUGUGGCAAGGACAAAUCUCGAGCUGGAACUGUUGGUAAGGGGAGGUAACUUGAUGCUGUCAUCCUCGGUUUCCAGGAAAGCCAGUUUUUUGCCACUUGUGCAUGUCUUGGGAAUGCACAGUAAGAUUCUGAUCAGUGGACCGUACACAGAAUUGUGGUCACACCUGACCGGUGUUAUACUUAAUGAGCAGGCCUCUAGCAGUGUUCAGCCGUACCGUGUGGGGGUUCCUUACUUACUCUUGAAAGACAUGACAUCACUACUCAUUCAGCUGGUCCUUACACUGCCAGCUACCAUAGAAAAGGAACACUACAGCUGCCUGGUUCAGAUGCUUUACAACGCUGUGUUUGUUCAAUCUCUGGCUGCCCUCACCUGUAAGUUUACAGACGAAGAGAGAGCCGCAUGGCGUACCAAGGGCAGAAAUGCAAAGAGCUCUCAGCUGGAAAGCCUUCUGAGUCAUGUGAUCACACGCCUAGAGUGUAGCAGGCUGUACGAUGAUGCUGACAUGGAAAUGGAACAUAAAAUACCUGCUAUUUGCCAGAGUGUGUGGUCCCCUCAGUGUGUUGAAUCCAGUUUGCAGGAGAAUUGUCUGCCUUUCCUGAGACUUGCCUCUCUGCUGCAGACCCAUCUCUUCUCAGAGGAUCUAUCAACAGCAAAACCCAAGCAGACAGAGUUUCAGCUGCUAACCUCUUACCUGCAUCUGGUCAGACAAGACCUGAGUGGCCCCCGAGGAUCAGAAGUGAACUACCUCAGACUGUGUGCACUGGGCGGUGAACGAGCCCCUCACAUUGACAAGAAGUUAAUUAUGGCUAAUAAACUAACAAGCCUCUUGUCCACAAACCCUGUGUGGCAUGGCCCCCGUCUCAUGGCUUUGCCUCACCAGUACUACAAGAUCUUCCAGCACUACCGUAAUAAGCAGUGUGGGGGUUGCAGCAACGUCCCUAAGGACCCUGCUAUAUGUCUGGUGUGUGGACGCUACCUCUGCUUCAAACAGGCUUGCUGUAGUUCCCAGCAACAGCGCAUCUUCGAAUGUGUUGAGCACUCCAUCGAGUGUGGGGCAGGCACAGGUAUUUUCUUGCUGGUCAACUCGAGUGUGAUCGUGGUGGUGCGUGGCCCCAGGGCCACCCUGUGGGGCUCAGUCUACCUGGACGAGCAUGGAGAGGAGGACAGGGAUCUAAAGCGUGGCAAGCCUCUGUACCUGAGCGAAGACAGAUACCACCUACUGGAGACACAGUGGCUCUCUCACACCUUUGAUCAUGCCUGUAAGCGCUGGAUCUGGCACCAGGACCGUCUCUAACCCUUGUGAGAUGAGCUGCCAACAGCAACUGUUGUGAACAGGUGUGCAGUUGUUAAUAUGUCAAGGUCAUGUGUGCUUAUCAACAGCAGCUGAUGUGGAGGCGGUGUCGCAACGGUCUGCGUCUUUGUUAGCCUAAGCAUAACUGGUGGUACUCUGUGACUGGAAGUUCAAAUCUGGUUGUCCAAAAGAUGUGGCUGAAAGAGACUAUACCUUACCGGAAAUGUUUGGCAAAAAAUCAUGUCAUGAAAAGUCCAGUUGAGUGUUUUAGAAUAGUCCAAGUAAUUACCUUGCACAACAUAUUUACGUCCUCUGUGCACUUGUUACCAUUCAGAUUUGGUAAUAAGGUUCUUAAAAUUUAUAAAGCAGGUCACAUUGUAACUUGUUCAAACUUAAGAAUCAAUAUAAAAAGUACAGGUGCAAAUCUGACAUUUAUAAAAAAGGAAUAUUUUGAGCUAUUCUUGGUAAAUACAGAAAAUUUGAUUAGGCUGCUGGUAACAUAUAUGGACUUUUUUUUUUUGGCAAAAAUCUCAAUCAAAGCCUCUUUAAUUGUACCAAGCAUAUAUUAUCAAUGGUAAAACCUAGCUUUUUGCCCAUAUUUGAUAAACUCUUGAUCAAGCUGUCCAGUCAGCCAUCAUUCAGCCAGAGAUAUUCUUUUGUCGAUGGUUACCUUUGAAGCUGUAGUAUAUGUGUUUUAAUGUGAUGAAAAGAACUGCAGUACAUGAUCUGAUCGUCUCUGUCCAUGCUGGGUGGGAAUUGGGGAGGGAUGAGGGGACUUCUAAUAGAUUUGUACAUGUUGUAAAUUUUAGCUACAGUUUGAUGGGGGACAGGUUCUUUUAUUUUAGAAGAAUUUCUUUUCUGGAAAUGAGAAUCAAAAAAGGUUUGUAAUUUUACUCAUACAGAUGGUUGAAAGGAGAAACUGUUUUUGGUGAGUUGCUACUUCAGUGAGUUGUUUGCAGUGACUAUAUCGUACUUGUUUGUUUGCCAUGACUGGAGACAAUUGAGCAGUUGUUGCUGAUUUCCUGUUGAAUCAAAGUGUAUACACAUUGUAUUAUGUACAACAGAUAGCCAUUAACCAGAAAUAUGUAACAGGUCAUUACGUCACGUCCACGUCCACAACAUUGACACAGUUUCUUAAUGGUUUCUGGAAAAGACACAGGGGUUGUUGCAAUGAUAUAACAUCUAAAUAGUAGCACCUCUGUGUGUGGAAUUGAACAGUGGGGAGCAUUUCUGGCCUGAAGUCACUGGGCCCCAUUGUUCUAAAGUGUAUUAGCCAAUAUAAAAGAGCAACUUUCAUUGCGAUUUAUGCACAUUAAUAAUUAGAUUUUGGAUACAAAACGAUAUUACUUAGGUUGGCCAAUUUCAAGGCUUCACAAAAGUAUGUCUUUAUCAUUCAGCACAGAAUAAUACCUUCAAAAUAUGCUUGAAUAAACACCUUGCUAACAUGCGAAAAGGGUGGAGAAUUACAAUAAGUCAUAUUACGUAUUCACGACUUAAACAAAACCCAGUAACCAAUAGAGUUGCAAUAGCAGCAGAUUUAGUUCAUAUUUAAUUAUACUGUCAAACAAUUAUGUUUGGACAGGGAAUAAAACUGCAAGAUUUGGCUCAAAGUUAAAUCUGGUCUUAAAACAGUUUUGAACAACUGGGCCCUGGCACCGGGCUGAAACCUUAAGACCUGUAUUCCCCUAAUACGAAACAAUGAACUUUAGUCCAUACUAAAGUUAAUACCCGACUUAACUGGUAAUACACUUUCGAGUAACUGGGCCCAGGAGCCAAAGCUGUGUUGUGUUUCAUGUAGG